UGCUAUUCAGCGAAAAGUUAGGGUUCAAGUUGAAAGAUUUUGAAGCAAAGAUGACAAAAGAGGAAGCUGAAAACGGAAGAGAUGGCAUGGUAAUUGAUGGACCUGAGCAAGCAAACGCCGUCCCUGAUGGAUUCAACUUUAACUAUCUCAGAAUCUAGUAUCGAAAGUUAUUUUCUCAUGAUGAUAUCUUUUAAGUGGAUGUCUUAUGGAAAGGAUGGCAAGCAUCCUGCUUGUGACAACUGACAAGUCUUACUUUGGAAGAAGGGACUUUUCUUUCACGCUAGAAAAUGACAUUUAUAUUUGAUUCCAGUCUUUCAACAGUGAUUCUGAACUGAAAAUUUCCAUAUAAGAAAAGUGUCCGUUCAAGAUAGAUAUUGGGCCCGUCUACAGUGUUGAUGAGCUGAUGUUUGCUUGGAAUGCUGGCCUUUAAUGACAGUUGCAAUUAAAGUGAUUGAUACUGCUCUCCGAGGUUGACUAAUGAACAGAGGGAAGCCAUUGUUGAUUAUUUCCUUGGAUACAAGGUGUUUAACUAGUGCUCUGAAAUACAGCUGGGUUUUGCUAGUUUUUUAAUACCAAGAAACCGUUGACUUUGUCCUUUGUUUUUGUUUGGCCAAUGACUUUUUACUUUGUUCAGGGAAAUGAAAAUAGUAACAAAAAGAUAUCUUUACCACGUCCUGUUCUUCAUUCUUUCCUGGCUUAAGUGAUACUGUAUAUCAUUUUUAAUUUCCUUAUUCUGGACCUACUGUUUCAUCCACUUAAGACAUAUUCUGACUUUGCACAAGAUCCUAUACUGAAGUUCUGAAGGGUUUUUUUGAGGCUAAACUACUUUCAAACCAAAAUUUACCUUCAUCUGAGGAGAGAUAUGAGAAGAUCCUAGAAAUGAUUCCUGAUGCAAGUAAAAUUUAUAGUCUCUUCAGUGGAUAGCUCUGUCAUUUACCUUAGCAGAUGCUCAUGUAUGGAGUAUGGACGUGCUAUCUUUGCAGCUGUUGCUUCUGAGCUUUCGGGGAGGUGGCAGGAGAAUAAGUGAUCUUCCAUGUCAAGAUGAAAUUAAUGUUGUUAGAUGGGAGCAACUAAAAUAUAUACAGCCAUCGGGUAAACGAAAGGUCGUGUUUGUGUUCCGAUUGACCCAAACAAUUGUGAUGAAUUUGAUCCAACUACAGUGCCAACCCUAUCCCACUUUUGGAAGAACUAAACGAGGAAUAAGACAAGAUUCUGAGAGUGCAGAAUGGGAUAGAACCUCACUUGGUUCAUAUUUCGUCGACCAAUCCUUCCUAAUUCACAUCUUUGCUGAAAGAAUUUCUUUUGUAAUUCCUUACACAAGGAUUCAGAAAAUACCGGAUCCCCGCCUACACAAGAAAAUUGUUGAUAAAACUCCAAAAUGGCAUUUUCUUUUGACCCAAUUUUUUUUUUUUCCUUAUCGGUCAGGAAAGACAAGAAAAUUUCAGGGUAGCAAACAUUCUCUAGAAUUUCUCUUAGAUUCGAACCCAUAGCUGAUGAUAGAA